AACCCGACCUUACAUAAGGAAAACACCGUUAGACUAUGUCUACUAUCUAGAGUCUAUAAUAUUUUUGAAAGUCUUGGAAUUCAACAAAUCUUUCGAACCACCAAUACAACACUUGCCAAGAUUAAUG